GCAGUGGGCAAGGAUUGCACUGCCAUCUCUCCCACGUCACUCACACCUCGCCGGGUGUAGCAUGAACAUGCCCGGCGCCGACGAGACAACUGCCGAGACCGACAAGCGCAACCGCGGCAACUACCGCUGCUCGCGCUGCGGCGAGCCCAAGAAGGGCCACGUGUGCCCUUACCAGCCGGCCAACUACAAGUGCAUCACGUGCGGCAACCUCAAGAAGGUGUGCACUUGCGGCGUGCCGCUCACGCGCACGAUCGCCGUCCAGUGCGAGCUCGACGAAGACAUGACGACACGCGUCUUGGACUUGAGCCAGCAGGGCGUCAUUGACUUUACGCCCCAUGGCUACUUGGACAUGUAAUGUAGAAAGAGAAACAUGCGACGCCACUGCAAUAUUGACAUGCCAUUCCACGCAACGGAUUUAUAGUCUACUCGUGUGCUUCGCUCUUGUAGUGAAGCAGCGCUUCAAGCUCGUGGAUAUGGGCGAGCGCAUCGUCGCGCC